CUUUGUCGCACAAAGCAACUUUAUCUCAUUCACUGGAAUCUACCACGCAGUAGCGAUGCGCUUUGUUCUCUAUCCAUGAGGACGUCACUAUAAGGUCUUGUGGACAGCCUUUCGUCGCCUCGCUAUCCCACCUCCUUGCACCCGCUCGACUUCUGCUUGAGCCAUGCCCAGAACACACAUCCGAUCGAUUUCGAAGGCCACUGUUGGAAUUAAGCUUCGGCGCAGGGUUGGUCAUCUCGAUAUUUUCGUCGGUCUCCAACGUAUCUGAAAGACCUUGGCAGUCGCUGCGGACUAUCGAGUCGAAUGCGCAGGACACGGAGAAGCAGCCUAGCCCAGUCAGAUCAGGUUCUUUGACUGAAAUGCACAGCUUCUCAAAGGGGCGCAGCCGCGACAAGAGGCAGAAUCCCAGACCUUUUGCAAGUCACGAGCGCAUACUUCCUAGUCACACGACCACGGUCCGCCGGACGCCAAAUCACACCUGGGGUGCAUUCACCUGGCAGCGCGAGCCGUCGUUGAGCGCCGAGGUCUCGCUCCUCGAAUGCCCCAAGGAUCCUCUGGUCGAUGUGCCAAUGAACGUCCAAACGCUUGGAACACAGGGCGAGGAUGAGGAUGAAGAUGCGAUCAGCGCCUGCAUCGACCCGCAUCGCCGCUUUAGCGUCGGUGAUUUGCCGGGGUCGGAGUAUACCUGCCCCUACGCCAGCGCCCGGCACAGCAUCGGCAGAGACUCCUCGGUGUCGACCGACGCGGCUUGCGUUUUCAACUCGCCGCGCCAUGUCCCCGGGAUCAUGUUCCCGACGUCCUCCGAGCUUAGUGUUCCGGACUGGGAGCGGGCACAUUUUGUUUGGGAUUGGCCGAGCUCGCCUGAAUUCCUGCUGCUCCGCAAUGAUACUCAAGCGGCGCGCAGUCGACGUAUUGCACAGCCGCGCCCGAUCGGCCUGCACUCAGAUUCAGCAUUGGAAUUGGGAAUGAGUUAUGUCGCAAGGUUAGAGGAAAUUGCUGCCCGGAUGGUCGAGGAAGAGGACCAGGGCAGAGUGUCAGGGGAUCUGUGACUGUAUUUGUUUACACUAGCAGGGACUGGUAUCCAAUGUGCUACGCGUUCUUGGCCCGCCCAACAUCAGGGCCCAGUUGCCCCAAACUGGCCGGUGUUUCUUCUGCCGCAUGGCUUCUUUCUAGAUCAACGCCCAGCUUCGGAGGGUAAGCCGCUUCAGUAUGCGCACGAGGCGGCAGAAGAAGGUCUGCGCCACCGAUCUGCGAUAAGUGCUUUCCGAGUCCCUCGCUGUUUUCUGGGAGCUGCUGAGAUUCGGAAAGAAUCGGAAUCUGAUCGUGGUUAGGGGUGUUUGGC